AUGACAUCUUGGCCAGGGGUAGCGGAAUGUGGAUCCUGGCCGCCGUGCACGGCAGACGGCUAUACCAACGAUAGGAGUGAAGUCUGCCUUCCCAACAUUUCAUUUGCUCCAACUUCACGGCCGGAGUCGCAAAAGGGGGCUAGAGCAUGGAGUUCCGUAGCAUCGGAAACUCUGCCAUUAUCAUCACUUAUUCCCGGAGACUUUGGUCCAAUAACGACAUCAACAGCGCCAAUAUUCGGCCACACCGGACCAGACACGGUCGAUUAUGGCGAUGAAGCUACCGAAAACGAGCCCUGGUCACAAAAUCUCCAACAACGGAAUGAAUAUGAUGCCUUCACCGAGUCAUCCGUCGCAUCAUUUCAGAUUCAGUACUCCCCUGAAAUAGAUGAGCCAACCAACUGGUAUCGCGUACCUGCGCCGCCCCCUGAACCGGCCCACACCAGCGCCAAUGUGGCAAAACUUAUAGGAGAAGUAUUAAGUGCACAUGAAGAUGUGUCAGCCAAGCGCUAUCGUAUCCGGGAAAUGCGGCAUAUACUUCGACAGAAACGUGAUGAGGAAGAUGAUAUGCGGGUUGCAUUACGGAGCAAAUUGAAUCUCAUAACUGCCGAACAUGUACAUGAGGAUAUUUCUGCUAUUAAUCACACUAUCAACGACCUCCAAGCUGUGACAUCGUCUUAUUUCAUUCUUGAAAAUGAGUAUCAAAGACAGGAAGAAAUACUCGCGCAGCUGGAAUACGAUUACGACAGACGGUUAGAAAGUUUACACACCAUUUUCAAGAACCAAGGCGGCUCCUUGGCACACCUCCAACCAGUGAACUCGGACCCCGAAUCCUCCUCGGCAGACUAUACCUCGGACUAUGGAGAUCAGGUGGUGCCCCAAGUGGCUGACUACCUCUCGAUGAUUGGCGAGGCGCGCAUACUCGCGGAACGACUGUCACAGCUAGAGACGGAAUACCUAGUCCUUGUCGACCAACGUGAGCUUCGCGAACGAGUUGGUAUCCCACUCGAUAGCGCGGCACUCAACUUCCUCCUUCGAUACGAAGAUGAAAAGAAUAAAAUCGAGACCGAGCUAAAAAUAACCCGCCAUCACAUCGAGUCGCACCCGGAACAUUCUAAUCGCUCUGCGCAGAUGGAGGAAGAAAACGAAGAGAAGAUGAGACAAAAUUUCAUGCUCAAUAUACUAGAGGAUCAGACGUACAAUGAUCCACUACACUCAUCAGAAUUUGAGGAUUCAUCACCGUUCUUUGCGUCCGCGCACCCACAUCCUAUCAACAAAGGCACUUUCGUGAAUCGAUGGCUUCUUCAUCGGUUGCGGCACUCAAGAGUUGAGAUUAUGCGCUUUAAGUCUGCACCUGAACUGAUAGAUCUGGAUAAUAAGGGCUGGGGGUCGGAUAAUAUUAGCAAGAUGGCGAUGAUGCUUUGGUUUCAAGAUGGAGCGGCCAGUGUGGAACAUAUUAGGAGUCAAUCAGCUAUGUAG